AUGAAUAAUAUGCAAGGUUCCAAAGAUUAUGAUAGCUACUCUUCAAGGCCAAAUUCUGUUCCUUUUAAGAUAUUUAUAUGUAAAUAUUGUGGAAGAAAAUUCUAUAACUCACAAGCCUUAGGCGGCCAUCAAAAUGCUCAUAAAAAGGAAAGAAAAGAAGCUCAAAAUCACAAACAAGUGAUGAGAUCAAUGAUGAUGAUGGCGAGUUCUUCAUCAACACCGUUGAUUCCGGAAGCCUUCAUGCAGCCCCGUGGUAUGAGCUCGCAUCAGAUCACAGCAGAUCACUACUCUUUUAACGGGAACUUAUCCUAUGUUAACUGCAAUAAUAAUGGCAUGAGUGAGUACCCUGUAAGUAGUAAUUAUUGGGUUGGGAAUAAUUGCCUGGAUGAUGGAGCUCGGUAUUCUAAUGUGCCUGCGGCAGGGAUCACCAACCAAUUUCAUCAUGAUGAUGGUGCAGAGCAUCACAAGGUUGAGAAAGGAAGUAGAAGAUUAUCACAAGCGUUAGAACUACAGCUGCCUGACCUCAACUUAGAUCCCCUUCAUUGA